AUGCACGACAGACACGACGCAACUCUCGUAGGCACCCACUGCCAGUACGAAUACUGCAACCAACUUGACUUUCUACCUUUUCGCUGCCAAUCAUGCGACCACACUUUUUGUCUCGACCACCGCACCGAGACAUCGCAUAAAUGUACGAAAGCCGGCGCGUGGGCGGAGAGGAAGCGAAAGGCACAGCUCGCGCAGCCUGUCAUUGGCGCCGGCAAGACGCUGAACGACCGCGUGUCACAGAAGCCCUGCGCGUCGCCUGCAUGCAAAACGACGGUCGGCACAUCGCUGACCCCGGGCGUCCACUGUUCGUCAUGUAACCGGGAUUAUUGUCUGAAGCACAGGCUGAAGGAGGAACAUGACUGCAAGAACCUCGUGCCGAUCGGGGCGCGCCCGAUACAGAUCGACGUCGCACAAAAGACCAAGUCAGUGAUGGACCGCUUCAAGGCCUGGGGCACCAAGCAAAAGGAGCAGGCAGGCAGGGCGUUGCCAAAACCAAAGCCUAGCUCCGCUGCUGCGCGUGUCGCGGCCGUAAACCAGCUCAAGAAAACGGCAAAGGGCGAUGCGAAACUGGCGCCCGAGAAGAGAAUCUACCUCAAGGUGGAGGCGGAGGCGGAGACGGCAAAAGCAAAGUUCCCCAAGGGUGAGUUCUUUUACUCGCAGGACUGGGUGGUCGGCAGGGUCCUGGAUGCGGCGGCCAAGUCUCUGCAAGUUCAGAACGUCAACAACCAGAGCGCCAAGGAGGAGGACAAGCUGCGGGUCUUUCACGUGGAGGGUGGGCGAGUUUUGGAGUUCAAUGAGAAGGUCGGGUCAGCCUUGCAGAGCGGCAACACAAUUGUGCUCUUACGGGGCGUAGGGCCGGCGCAAGAGGAUUUGAUUACCAUGUAG